CUUCCUAGAAAAAGGAAAUAAUGUUGGAAACAAAAGCAACAAUCCUAUCAUUUCAUCGUUAACUACCAUCACAUGAAUACCCCCUUGAAAAAUCACCCAAUUCUCCAACUCUUGUAUGGAUGCAAAACCUUAAAUUCGUUGUGGCAAAUUCAUGCCCAGAUGAUCACAACAGGCCUCAUCCUCCACACCUACCCUUUAAGCCGCAUCAUCCUUGUUUCCUCCUCCAUCACCACCAACAUAUCUUAUGCAGAAACCAUCUUCAACCAAGUCAAAAACCCAACAAUUUUCCUGUACAACAUCCUCAUUUCAUGCUAUACCACGAAAGGCAAAACCCAUGAUGCAUUAUCACUGUACAACCGAAUUUUUAGUAAUAAUAUGACUAGCUCUGCAAAACCCAAUAAUUAUACAUACCCAUCUCUUUUUAAGGCCUGUGGAGCUCAACUAUGGUUCCAACAUGGAAAAGCCUUGCAUGCCCACGUCCUAAAAUUUCUUGAACCACCCUAUGAUCAAUUUGUUCAAGCCUCAUUGCUUAAUUUUUAUUCAAGCUGUGGAAAAAUUGGUAUUGCCAGAUAUCUUUUUGAUCAGACUAUUCAGCCUGAUUUGGCUGUGUGGAACUCUAUACUCUCAGCUUAUGCAACUAAUUGUAGUGUAAAUUUUGAUGCCAAUGCGGAUAGUUUUUGUGAUAGCACGGGUCUCUGGCUAGAAGUAUUGCAUUUGUUCAGUGAAAUGCAGAAGUGUUCAAUUCAACCUAAUGAAGUGACCCUUGUGGCUUUGAUUAGUGCUUGUGCUGAUUUAGGCGCACUUAGUCAAGGAAUGUGGGCUCAUGGUUAUGUAGUUAGAAAGAAACUUGGGCUUAAUAUUUAUCUUGGCUCUGCAUUGAUCAACAUGUAUUCAAAUUGUGGGUGUCUCAAGUUGGCUUACCAGUUGUUUGAUGAAUUGCCCGAGAGGGACACGUUUUGUUAUAAUGCUAUGAUUAGAGGGCUUGCAGUUCAUGGUCAUGGUCGAGAGGCGCUCGAAUUGUUUGAGAAGAUGGCCCUGGAGGGGUUAGUUCCGGAUGAUGUCACACUUUUGGUUGUAAUGUUUGCUUGCUCGCAUUUGGGAUUGGUGGAUCAGGGGUGCAAAUACUUUUACGCAAUGCACAGAGAUUAUGGGAUUGCCCCUAAGCUCGAACAUUAUGGUUGCCUAGUGGAUAUCUUGGGCCGAGCAGGUCGUGUGGCGGAGGCUGAGGAAACGAUUCAUGCCAUGCCCAUGAAGCCUACUGCUGUCUUAUGGAGGUCUUUACUCGGGGCAGCUAGAGUUCACGGGAACAUACAGGUGGGGAAAGUUGCGUUGAAGUAUUUGAUACAACUAGAGCCCGAAACUAGCGGGAAUUAUGUUCUCCUUUCAAACAUUUAUGCCAGCAUGAAUAGAUGGGAUGAUGUGAAGAAUGUCAGGAAGUUGAUGAAAGAGUUUGGGAUAAAUAAAAUGCCAGGAACCAGUAUCCUUGAGAUUGAUGGAGAAAUGCACGAGUUUUCUAGUGGUGACAAAACACAUCCAAAAGCGAAAGAGAUAUAUUUGAAGCUAGACGAUAUGAAUGGUAGGCUAAAGGAGCAUGGUUAUAAGCCAAGAACCAGAGAAGUGUUGUUUGACAUUGAAGAGGAAGAGAAGGAAGAUCAUCUUUCAUAUCAUAGUGAAAGGUUAGCUAUUGCUUUUGCUCUUAUGGAAUGUCGUUCUGAUUCACCUAUUAGAAUUAUAAAGAAUCUUCGAGUAUGUGGUGAUUGUCAUGAUAUUGCAAAACUUAUUUCAAGGAUAUAUGGAAGAGAGCUUAUAGUAAGGGACAGAAGUAGAUUUCACCAUUUCAGGGAAGGGACCUGUUCAUGUUUGGACUAUUGGUAACUUGAUCUCUCGAUGGUAAAAUCACACUCUCUAUUAAUCCUUUAUUUCAGUGGCUGGAAUUAUCCCAAGAAUCAUCAUAAUCACGCCUGUCUCUCUCUUUGACAAGCACGCAUAAUGAUCUUGACAACCGUUCAAGAGA